UAUGUCACCGAUAAAACAUGGAUAGUAUAAAUAGUUAUUUAAAGAAUUGCUUAUUCGGUUGAGUAAAAGUUAUUGUUAUAAACAAAAUCUACUGAUCAGUGAAUCGUCGAUAUUUUACGACAUUGAAGUGUGUGUAAUUUUGAGGAAUAUGAAGAAAAUAUUGUACAAAGUUUCAAAUAUAAAGAAAUGCAUGUUUUUAACAAUUGUGAUUUUUGUGUUUGGAAAUUUGUAUAUGUUAUUAACACAUAACAAAUCAAGAGGAUUUAUUGUACCUCGAAAGCAAAAUGCAGGAACGGUGAUAAAAGCAAGAAAUCAAAUUGUAACAGAGAUGACAUCACCUUUUCUUCUGGUGAAAAAUGACAAGGAAUGGAUUGAGGAAAAACCAGAACCUGACAACUUUUGCAAUAAUGUGACCUGUGUAUUAAUUGUCGGUUAUGUUCGUGGCGGAACAACAAUGAUAUUGGAUACAUUGGCCGAAACGAAUAGUAAUUUUUAUUUGUUUGAACCUAUACGAAACCUGACAGAAAGCUCUUAUGCAAACAUGCCAAUUACUUUCUAUAACGGAACAGUAAGAAAUAUUUCUAUGGAUAGAAACUUAGCCAGAGUACAAACAGAAAUGUUAAAUCAUUGGUUCAACUGUUAUUUUACUAAAAUAAACAUUGGAGACCUGAAGAAUAACCAUCUAAUACACUCUCGUGCCACUAAGUCAUACUUUGCUUGUUUGAGAAAAUCACCAUUUCCAUUUUGUAUUAAAAUGUUGGAGAGCGUAUGUGUACCUAAAACGAGACGAAUAAUGAAAGUCGUCCGACUAAGAAUGAAAUCAGUAGAACACAUCUUGAAAAAAACUGAUAAUCUUAAAAUCAUUUAUGUCGUAAGAGACCCUAGAGCUCAGAUCCAUUCGUUAAUAAAAUCAGGACUGCUUGAUCAGAAGUCAGUCAAAGUUCACUCUAGAGAAUUGUGUGAAGAUAUGAUGUCAGACUUCAACUCAACAAAAAUUCUAAAAAGAGCUUAUCAUAAUAAUAUAUUCAUGUUAAAAUAUGAAGCUCUUGUUACAAAUCCACUACAGAAUUUCAGAAAACUGUUUAGCUUUUCUAAUUUACCUUUCACGACAAGAGUAGACAGCUAUAUACGGCACCAUAUGUUGGAGAGUGGCACAGGACACGAAAUUAACUUUAAUGCAAAGUCAGGAAAUUCUACCCUCAUAGCAAUUAAGUGGCGCACAGCUAUCAACAAAAAGCAUUUGCGUAUUAUUGAUGAAGCUUGUCAUAGGACUUACGAAACUUUUGGUUACCACCAAUUAGAUAUCAAAUCUUUGCAAACUUUGAGUAUAGAUAUCCAGGGUCAACCAUCAGAGACAGAUAUCUUUGAUUUGUAUUAACUUUAUAUAGGUCAAUGAUGUGGAUAAACGGAGAUGUGGGUAAUUGGAUAGUAACCCAACGAAGAAUCGAACCAAAAAUAUAUAUAGAGGGCAAAGUACAGUAUCGAAGCUUGGUAUAAAAUGGACGAAACUUUUAGUUACCGGCCACUAGAAAUCAAAUCUUUGCAAAGUCUAAGUAAUAAUGUCCAUAGAAAACCAUCAUAAAAAGAUGUCCUUGAUUUGUAUAACAUUUAUAUGACUAAAAUGAGACUUGUUGUAAACGUCAUUGAGGUGUGGUAUACGUCAAUGAAACGUGUGGUACACGUCAAUGAAACGUGUGGUAUACGUCAAUGAGACGCGUGGUAUUCGUCAAUGAGACUUGUGGUAUACGUCAAUAAAACAGCCAUAGUCUACAGCAAAGUAAUCGUCCACAAAAACAGUUAUUUACAUGUUAUGCUCAGCUCUAACUUAUUCGUCUAGAGUCUUUAAACUUUAGAAUGAAUUUAAGAGAAACAAUCUGAGAUCUGUAACGAACACCACAUUCUCCAAUACCCCCAACCCUCUAAAACAAAUAUGAAUAUGAUAAUAUUACUAUAUUAUAAACAUGCAAACACAUUUCGUACAUGUUCACUUAAAAAUAUAUUAUCCUGUUUAUAUUAUCGGAUUUAUUUCGAAAUCUUUACACCAGAGAGAGACCACAAAUUUAUAACCAGAAAAAAAUAUCACAUAAGUCGAGACCUAUUUAUAUAGAGAACGUUUAAAAAUACCAUAUUUACAGUUAGUUAUUUGAAUAAAGAUUAUCAUAAC